AUGCCGGCGCGGUACUCUGCUAUCUUGAGGAACAUGGGCAUUGCGAGGUCGAAGUGCGGCCGGGGCGGGUUGCACCACCCGCCAUGGUCGCUGGGCAGCGCGAGGUUGGGCGGGCAGAAGUUGGUGGCGGUGAUGAGGAUGGACGGGCCGCCGGCGUUGCACCACUUGCCGCCCUGCGCCGCAUCGCACUUGAGCUCGAAGCAGGCGCCGCAGCUAAGCCCGUUGUUGAACAGAGCCGUGCUCAGCGCUGCCGUGUUCACGCCGUACCCCUGGCUGUACAAGUUCCCGUACCCGCACGCGCCGCCUGUACAUUUGGGGAAAAAGGAACGGAAAACGAAGGUCAGCGAUUACGGGAUUAGGGGAUUUUUCGAUCGAUUAGGGUUACGUACCCAUGGUGCCGGAGGCGUCGCUGCCGCCGUAGAAGGUGGCGUGAGCGGUUUUCCAGGAGCCGCCGGAGUAGACGCCGGGGAUUCUGGCCUGAGAUACCGUGAGGAAGCAGAGGGCGGCGGCUAG